AUGUCCUCAAUUGAUAAAACUAAAUUCGUUACUAGAUUCGGUUCUUCAGGUUUGAAAGUCAACACUGUUGCUAUUGGUACCAUGAGAUUGGGUUCCAGUUGGAUGGGUUUCAAUGGUGAUAUUGACGAAUGUUUGGAAAUUUUGAAGUUCUGUUAUGAUAACAAUUUCCGUACUUUUGAUACUGCUGAUGCUUAUUCCAAUGGUAAAUCUGAAGAAUUGUUGGGUAUGUUUAUUAAGAAGUAUAACAUUCCUCGUGAAAGAAUUGUUAUCUUGACUAAAUGUUAUUUCCCAGUUAAAGAAGGUGAUGAAGGAAUGGGUUAUACUGAUCCAGUUGAUUUCAUGAAUGAUAAAGGUUUAAGUAGAAAACAUAUCUUGACUGCUGCUGAGAAUUCCGUCAAGAGAUUGGGUACUUAUAUUGAUGUUUUGCAAAUCCAUCGUUUGGAUCAUGAAGUUCCAAAAGAAGAAAUCAUGCAUGCUUUGAAUGAUGUUGUUGAACAAGGUUUGACUAGAUACAUUGGUGCUUCAUCUAUGAAAGCUUGGGAAUUUGUUCAAUUGCAACACAUUGCUGAAACCAAAGGCUGGCACAAGUUUAUUUCCAUGCAAAGCCACUACUCUUUGCUUUACCGUGAAGAUGACCGUGAAUUGAAUGAUUAUUGUAAAAACAAUGGUGUUGGUUUAAUUCCUUGGUCUCCAAAUGCUGGUGGUGCUUUGUGCCGUCCAUUUGAUUCUGAAAAGAAUCAAAAAUUCUUUGAAAACAAAGAAUGGACUAGUAUUUUUGGUUUAGGUACUGUUAGUGAAGCUGAUAAAACUAUCAUUAACAGGGUUGAAGAAUUGAGUAAGAAAUAUGAUGCUUCAAUGAUGCAAGUUUCUUUGGCUUGGUUAAUGAAGAAAGGUUUGGUUCCAAUUGCUGGUGUUUCUAAAUUAGAACAAGCUAAAGAGUUGGUUGGAAUUUACAAAAUUGAUAUGAGUGAAGAAGAUUUCAAAUACCUUGAAGAGCCAUACCACUCCAAGGAUAUUGCUCCACGUAUCGAUUAG